GGAUGAGCAGUAUUGAAUCAAGCUGGUUUAAAUCUAUAGUUAAGGCUCUGAACUUUGAUGUUCUGAUAGCAGGCCUGACUGGUGGUGCUGUUUCCACGCUCAUACUUCACCCGCUUGACGUCGUCAAAAUCCAGUUACAGGUUUCCGAAAAUCACUCCUACCAUGAAAGAAAAGUUUACAAGAACAUGAGGGAUGUUAUUCCGACCGUCUACAGAAAUGGAGGGCUCCUGAGUUUUUACCAAGGAGUGAGCCCCAAUCUAGUUGGAGCGGCUUGUUCUUGGGGGCUUUAUUUCUUUAUUUAUCACGGUUUAAAGACUUCUACCUUACAGAACUCAGAUAAAACAUCAUUGGGCAUGGCAGAACACUUGGCAUAUGCUGCAAUUGCUGGCUUUAUGACUCUUACCUUAACAAAUCCCAUUUGGGUGAUUAAAACUAGGAUGGUACUGCAAGCCUCCAGUAAAAACACCAUGUAUCGAGGUCUGGUGGACGGACUCAGUCAGGUUGCUAGAAAAGAAGGGCUCCGCGGUCUCUACAGUGGCUACCUACCUGGAUUGUUCGGCAUUUCUCAUGGUGUUAUUCAGUUUGUAUCAUACGAAAAAAUGAAGGAGUAUUAUUACAAGAAAAACUCGUACAAUCUCGACGAAAAGCUAGGUGUGUUUCCCUACAUAGCGCUGAGCGCUUCAAGCAAAGUGCUAGCAGUUUCCUUGACAUACCCUUACCAAGUUAUAAGAUCUCGAUUACAAGACGCAUCCUGUCAGUACAACGGUUCCUGGGACAUUAUUAUGAGAACUGUGAGAAAUGAGGGGUGGAGGGGAUUUUACAAGGGGAUAGUGCCUAAUCUGAUCAGAGUAACCCCUGCCUGUUGUAUUACUUUUGUUUGUUUUGAGAAUGUUAUGCAUUAUCUUAAGGCUUACAAGACAAUAUGAUGAUGAUUUGUGUUACAAUAAAGUAAUGUUGUAGGAAUUGAGAAUUUGUUAGGUAUUAUUUUUAUACGAUAAUAUGGCAUAUGUGCUCAAUUAAGGCCAAAUUAGGUCAAGCUAAUUAGUUUUAGUAAUUUAUUAUAUAAUAGAUGUUUACUGGACACUAAAACCAGCAAGAAUGUUGAAAUUAUUCCAAGUAUGUAGAUACUGCCAAUAGUUACUCUGUAUAGUGCAAUUUUUAUUUUAUAAUUUUUGGCUCAAUCCUAUCAGCUUUUACGGUACUGACAAAAAUUGAUAUGACAUUAUUCAUUCUGGAAAAAUCCCA